CUUUGGAAAGUAGGCUACAUGUCGGCGUUACAAUGUAACAGAAUAAAGAAACGUUGUUAUAGUAUGAGGAGAAAACGUAUGAGAAUGUUUGUAAACUUUAUUUUCGCGUCACGUGUGAGCUUUUAUAUCCAGAUUUGGAAUACGUCUAGCAGUAUGAAUAUGCUAGAAAACGCCUGCAACAUCAUAAACAAACUUCAGCAAACAUUUGCAAUAACCCAUAAACACAUAUCUGGGGAUUUGGUUGUCAUGCAGUUAUCCCAAGGCAGUCCAACAGUGUGCCUUGAUUUCAUGGACAUCACAGCCAUAGCUGUGAGGAAGGCCUCACUGCAAAUUCUGGAUCCAUCCAACCUUUCCUUUUAUUGCUGUUUCCCAGACGAAGCUCUUCCUUCUGUGUCACCUCCUUUGAGAACCAGACCCUAAUGUGAAAGGAUAGCAUGCAUGCAUACGGUGGCGGCCAUUCUGCUGUAUCACUUUCACCCAUGAAUGUAUUCUGUGCUUUCAACUAGGAACUAUCCAUCUCUUUCAGAUCAGUGGUUAUAAGGAAUCGGACAGAGAGGGAAAUAAGUCUUAGGACAUCAUUUCCACAACAUUUUCCUGUUACCUUGGUUUGACUGUGGCAAUAUCCUGUAUAUUAUUCACAGCGACCAAUACUCAUUUCAUCGCAGCUGGUAAACCCUGCCUAUAUUUCCCCUCUGUGCCCAUCGUUCCCCUCCCAUUUUCUAUGAAUCUUUUAUAGCCAUCUCCUGUCCAGUAUAGAGGAGGUACAUCCUCUACAGCACAGCCUGUCAGCUGUGUUUUAUUAGAGGACUGAAAUACUGCUGAAUCAGAGGUUUCACCUCUCCUCCCUCUUUAACAAUCAACUCUGUAUGUGUGUAUGCAUGCAUUCCUGUGUGUGUGUCUGUGUGUGCACGACUGCGUGUGUUCUGUUUUCAGAAAUAAUGCAACAUGUCAUGCGUAACCUCCUUUAAGAGGGUAGCCGUACAUGACAAUGACUGUAGCAUGCAGUACAGCACCUGACUGGAUCUCAGCUAGUGUUGUAGGGAAGAAUGCUGCCUAUUGUGUUAUCACACUGGUCUAGGUGAAUCAAAAUCUAAUCACUCUAAUGUGUCCCAGGUCAGGGUCUUAAAUCACUCACACAGGCUAAGUGCACCAUCCUAAAUCUGUCAUUAAGAGAGAGGGAGGUUCUAAGAGUCCAAAGGCAAUUUCUCUGAUUGGCUGGUUGAGUCAUUGCACCUAUUGGCCCUGCCUUCAACGUCUCUCAUUGGUCGUGCAGUUUUACAGCUGCCUCUCAUUGGGCCAGUAGGAGAGAGAUUGGGCCGGGUCUUACUCUUGUUCUCUGUGUUUGAGUGUCUGUGGAUGGGUAAGACACUCUCUCUCCCAUCCUGGGAGUAACUGCUUGUGUUAGUUCCUGUCUGUAGGCUGUGUGAGUGUGUGUUUGGGUGUGUGUGUGAGAGAGAGAAAGGGAGAGAGUAGCGUUUACGUUUCACCUCCCUGUCUCCCUGUUCCCUGUCCUUCCUCUCCUCUCUACUCCUCUCUCGUUCCCUCUCCUGGACUACCCCAUUGGGACCUACCCAGACCCCUUCCCUGCCUGGACCCUCUACUCUCCAUCCCUGUGACUCUCCUCAUCUGUCCACAUCUCUCCCAGGUCAAGACGCCUGCUUGCCUGGCCCUUCUUCCUCCAUGCAGACCAUGGCUCUGUCUCCGGGUGGAUUUGAAGUGGAGACGUGGAAUCUUCCAUGUUAUUCUGGAAUGUGGGAUAAGACAGGGUCCCAUGAUAUGGACCCCUCUUCGAAUGGGUUGAUGCUGGUCCUGCUGGAGCUGAUGAUCUGAACCAGUCUGUCAGCCACCUAGCUCCCCCUCCUCCAAACACAACCACUGCCCAUGUCCUGAUCCCAGUGGUCCAGCUUGUCUGUGGUGACUGGUUGGCUGGCUGUUCCAUAACACUCUCAUUGGCCCUGGGACUCCUCUUCUACGUGACCACACCCCUUCCUUCACAUCCAAUCCCAACAUGGAACCACCCAAGGUGCAGCAGCCAGGCGAAGGAGGCCUCAACGUCACCCUCACCAUCAGGCUUCUGAUGCACGGCAAGGAGGUUGGAAGCAUCAUUGGAAAGAAAGGAGAGACAGUGAAGAAGAUGCGUGAAGAGGUAAGUGCAAGCGGUGCACGCAUCAACAUCUCUGAGGGAAACUGCCCAGAGCGGAUAGUUACCAUCACCGGACCCACAGAUGCCAUCUUCAAGGCCUUCGCCAUGAUCGCAUACAAGUUUGAAGAGGAUAUAAUCAACUCUAUGAGCAACAGUCCAGCCACCAGCAAGCCUCCUGUCACCCUGCGUCUGGUUGUCCCAGCCAGCCAAUGUGGCUCCCUCAUAGGGAAAGGAGGCUCCAAAAUCAAAGAAAUGAGAGAGUCCACAGGUGCUCAGGUACAGGUCGCAGGGGACAUGCUGCCCAACUCCACUGAACGAGCAGUCACCAUCUCAGGAGCCCCGGAAGCCAUUAUCCAGUGUGUCAAGCAGAUCUGUGUUGUCAUGCUAGAGUCCCCACCGAAAGGUGCCACUAUCCCCUACCGCCCCAAGCCUGCCUCCACCCCCGUCAUUUUUUCAGGUGGCCAGGUAAGAGCCGACCCGCUGGGGGCCUCCACUGCCAACCUCAGCCUCUUACUGCAGCACCAGCCACUGCCUGCGUACACCAUUCAGGGACAAUACGCCAUCCCUCACCCUGACCAGUUGACCAAGCUCCACCAGUUGGCUAUGCAGCAAACCCCCUUUAACCCCCUUGGACAGACCACCCCUGCCUUCCCCGCAGGUCUGGAUGCCAGUAACCAGGCCAGUACUCAUGAACUCACCAUUCCCAAUGAUCUAAUAGGCUGCAUAAUCGGGCGCCAGGGAACCAAAAUCAACGAGAUCCGUCAGAUGUCUGGGGCGCAGAUCAAAAUUGCUAACGCCAUGGAAGGGUCAUCGGAGCGCCAGAUCACCAUCACAGGAACCCCCGCCAACAUCAGCCUGGCCCAGUACCUCAUCAACGCAAGGUUCAGAGACGUGGCGGCCAUGUGGAAUGACCCAUCCUCCAUGACGACAUCCUAAGGACCCAGCCCGGCCGUCCUCCACUCCCUCUGCUCCGCCCCCUCCAUCUCCUGACCACUGAAGACAUGAUGUUCCUACCUAACUCCUGAUGAUGAUGCCCUCUAGACUAAUGAAUCUGGCUCUGAUAACAACUCCCUUGACCCUCCAGCUUACUAUCACGAUCGCUCUCUAAUAAGAGAGCUGUUGCUUUCAGAGAAACUGAAAAAAUAAGUAAUGUCUUUGUUUUCGUUGAUUUUAGACCUUUAGACAAGUGUUGAAGCAUGUUGAACGUUCAUUAGGAUCAAAUUGUGUUAUUCUGAAUUCUCUCUCUAUCACUCUCUCUGCUAGUGUUACAAAAUAGGAUUUCAAUAUCAGUUUGAAAAAAAUGUACAAAAAAAAAAAUGUAAAACUGGAAAAACAUUGGAAAAAAAUGCUACUGUUCCAUUUUCUAGGUGCUGGGUGAUGCUAUCGGCACAGUAUGGUGGGAUGUAGCCCAAUUACUUUAUGAUGCUCUUUUGAAAAUAGGUGUUUUUUAGGUACAUUUAAUCAUUCUAUUUUUACCCCUAUUCGGAUCCUUAAAAUGAUCUGCGUACUAAUCCGAUCUCUACCCAUAACUUCUUGCUGCAUCACAUGACCUCUUUGAGCCAAUGGUAUCACUCCUAGAGCCCUCCUUUCUAUGUCCAUUUCUUGUAUUUUACAUUAUGACUUAUACUGCAUGUGUUCAGUAAUGUAUUGUAUGUAUUUGAGUAUUCCAGUUUGGUGUAAGUGUUCCUAUGGUGUUGCUAUGUUAUUGCUGGUGGGAGGAGCUAUUGGAGGUUGGGCUCAUUGUAAUGGCUGGAAUGGAAUUAAUGGAACUGAGUCAAGCAUGUGCUUUCCAUAUGUUUGAUGUGUUUGAUACUGUUCCAUUUAUUCCAUUCCAGCCAUUACAAUGAGCCCGUCCUCCUAUAACUCCUCCCACCAGCCUCCACUGCUCCAAACCUUUUCCGCAAUUAUUUUCAGGAGUUUUUUUUGCCAUUCACGUCUAGUCCUACUACCACCCCAAAUUAAUAACUCUCCCUCACAUCCUCCAGGAACCCUAUUUAUAGUAUUUAAGAAGCAUGAAAGGAAAUUACUCAAAAUAAUCAUCAGUGGCUAAAAACUGUAUCCUAACUGACUGAAAACUAAAAUGAUUGUUUACUCGAUUUCUUAACCAAGACUACUGUGGGUGACCACAUAGUCAGCUAUGCUACGCUCAUGCAAUAGACAAUUCAACUCUUCAUUAUACUGUGGACUGCCUCUAGUGUGUGAGGAAUUAGUUGGACUUAAGACUAUUGCUGUGUCCAAAUUCUCUUAGUUAGCUUCCUUUCGUCGUCUCCUUCACUCCCAUGUCCACGACAGAUAAAAGAGGCUUCAAUGUACUACUCUUGAAGGAAAGGAGACCAGGAGAGGAAGCUGUUUGAUAUUAUUGGGACGUGGCCAUAGGUGUUUGGAUGGAGCCAAAUGUUUAUGGGCCAUGGAAUGUUCCGGGGUUCAUGGGGGAACCCGUGGGGCCUGGGCGGACGUGUUUACCCCCACGCCGCCACAUUCGCGAUUGUUCAUCCAUCAUGUUAGUUUUAUUAUAAUAUUGUUUAUUUAAUGCUUUAGGUUUUGAAUGUCAUUAUGCUUUUACGAUGAUGUCAACAGAUUAGAUGACAAAGUCAUGUUGCUUGUUUUAAGUGAUGAUUUAAAAAAACAAAUUGCAAUUCUAUUUAUUGUUUCUUGGUGCAUCAUAAUGACUGUUUUGGUUAAUCAUGAUAUUUAAGCUAGGUUUUGUUUGUGUGUAUUGGAUUUCAGGGGAGGUUUGGGCUAUAUUUGUUUGGAUUAAACAUGGCAAAUUCCCUUCAUAACAAUUCUCAAGCUUAUUCAAAGUAUAGGCUGUUGUGACAUGUCAUGUUUGCAAGCCUGGGCUGAGGUCAUAUUCAGCACUGAUGCAUAUGAACAGCCGUUGAAUGUUAUCCUCUCAACACAGGUCAUUCAUUCACUGUCCAACUGGUUUCAAGUACAGUCAAAACCAUCCUGGUCUGGAGUUUCAUUCUGUUAAGACUGGUUUGUUUCAUGUAACUCCCUGUUUUGGUUUCAAUAUGCUGAGCCUGACUUUGGGUCUAAUUUCAACCGCUUUCAUCAUAUAAACGUGAUAUGUCAAUGGACCAAAUGCUGUACUGAUGUACUGAACGAUGCAUAGUUGAUUAUUAUUCUGCAAUAAUUCUUACAUUUUGAUGUUAAACUUAAGUAGUAGUGCUAGCCUUGACAUUAUGGGUUUGUGUUAUUCAUUUAAUUUUAAAAAAUUCAUAGCUUGUAAUUCAAUGGAAUGUUUGUCAUUUAAGCAAGUUAAAAUGUCUGUUUUUUUUGGCAAGCUUUUUAGAACUGUUCAGCUUCUCAUCAUCGAUUGCAUUCAGACUAGGAAGGAAUAUUGAAUUGUUGAAAUAGUGAUACCAAUGUGAUUUCAAUAACUUCAAUAUCCAUAUGUUGUUACAGUGUAUUGAAACUGUAUUUACACUGGCGUAUAUGACUGAAUAUACACACCUACUGAAACAGACUAAAAUGCAACUGAUGCAAUAACAAGGGAAUGAUGUGCAAUUAUUAUUUGUAUUUUUUCUUGUGCAUAUAAUACAAGGAAAGUUUGUCAUGUAUUUACAACUCAUGUUGCUCCUUGACCUCCUUCCUUUCUGGACGGCGGCAGCAACAAAAAUUGAAAAAAUACAUGAGAUAUUUUUUCAGCUUUUGCUCCAGUAUAUUUUGCUUAUUUAGGAAAAUGUAUCGGAGCUUGGUAUAUAUUUUCAGUUGGAUUAUUUGCAAUGAGCAAAUCUAUUUUAGGUUGAAGUAAUUUAAUUAUUUAGGUUACUUUUGAAAAUGUUUGUAAGUAAGAAAAUGAAUAAAGUUUUUUUUCUUCUUGUGAA